UUUGUGUUAUCGCGAUUCUCGUACUCCGUGUUUUUCGUAUUUUAAAUUUAAUAAAUAUUAUUUUGAUUGUCUCAGGUGGAAAAAAUAGCUUUAUGUCACAGAUAUAUCUAGAAAAUAAAUAGUGUUGUUUAUAAAAUGUUGUAGAGUACUCAAUAGUCUCAAGAGAUAUCAUGGCUAAGGCUGGAAAAACAGCUCAGGAAUUCAUUCAGAGCUCGUUUUCGCCCAUUGUAGCUGUAUUAUGCAGUCCAAAAGUGGAAAACGUAGUGUCCAAAAAUAAUCUCACGUUUCCAGAACUAAUACAACCGUUUUCUACUUUGGACUGGGAAGGACAAUUUCGGGAACCAGGAGGAAGUUCAUGUAGUGUUAAAUCUUGGAAACUUAUCAUAAGAGAUGUGAACUGGAAACCUUUACAACCAACUGAUGCAAGAAGACAGCUGAACAACGCUGUUUUACACAAUUUUAACGAUAAAACCGUUUCCCUUGAUAUAGAUGGGCGAAAAUUUGAUGUUUCCCAAGCAACUCCAUGGUUUGACGCUUGGAGAGAAACUUAUCUUGAAGUGCAAUUUCCUUCUGAUCAUGAAUUUACCAAACAUUUUUUGUCAUGUAUCAUUGUUGGUUCAACACAGGAUGAGAACAUAAUUGAUUGCUUUAAUUCAUUAAACCAGCAAUAUGCUCAACUUCAGAAUAUUACACCUCCUAAAUUACCUAAAUGGUUUAACAAUGGAGUUUUGAAGUCAUAUCUACUUCUACAUGAUGUUUCAAGUAUGGCUAAGGAUAAGGCUGAUGCUGUAUUUGAAACUGUAAAACAAACAUUUGGUGCUAACAAUUGUUUUAUGCUGUCUAUAAAUUCUAAGAGCAACAUAGACCCAACUUUAACAAAUGAUUAUUGGGCACAGUAUAUUACUAGAACAACUGAAACCAAUAAUGAAAUGGCAUCAGCAACAUCUAAUCUUCCUACUACACCACUGGAAGCCCAGACACCUCUAAACCAGUCUGUUCCAGCUAUACAAUCUGAUGACAGUAACAUCCUGACAUCUUCCAAUCAAGAUACUUCACAUCCACUUACAGAAAGUGAUGUGUAUGAUAAUGCUAACAGUUUACAGACACAUUCCUUCUCAGGUAGUUCAGAAAGCAUGAGUGUGACAGGAAAAGCUAUUGAUUACUCAUCUGAAGUACAUGGUGCUGCUUUAAAUGCCAAUGACAUUGAAGCCAUUAAGAAAUUCCUGGUUGAAUAUGCUUCAAAAGCAUUGUUGCCCUAUUUAGAAAAACAGAUUUCUCUACUUUCUGAAGUUGUAGCAAACAGAAAAGGGGUAAGCCGGUCAUUACUUUCUGCAACUAAAAGGUGGUUUGGUACUGGAAAAACUGGAAAUACUACUGCAAAUAACACAGUCAUAUAUACAAAUGACUGUCCCGAGUUGCAAUUAAGGCGACUAGGUGACCUUUGGUUUAUGUGUGGACAGUGGCAGCGAGCAUUCGACGCCUACCACACUGCAAAAAGAGAGUUUUACGCGGACAGUGCAUGGCUUUGUUAUGCCGGAGCCCUUGAGAUGGCCGCCAUAAGCGCUUUCAUGUCAGGAGAGUCUAAUAGAAAAACACAUGGAUAUAUGGAAGAGAGUAUAACAACUUAUCUAAAUACAUGCAGAAUGGUUCAGUAUGCAGUAAGGGCAACACUAUUAUCAGUUCUGUGCCUGGGUGGGUCAGGACUCCCUGGGGAAGCUGCAAAACAGCUCAUUCGUAUGACUUCUGAGGAUAGUGACCUCCGAAGUGCUAUGUUGCUAGAACAGGCGGCUCUAUGUUUCUUAUCAGGGCCAGGGACCAAAGCUAUGUGCAGAAAAUAUGCAUUCCAUAUGGUGUUGGCAGGACAUAGAUUUUCGAAGGCUGGGCAGAAGAAACACGCGUAUAGGUGUUAUAAGCAAGCAUAUCAGGUUUAUCAAAACAGCGGCUGGCGUCUCUCCACCGACCACGUGCAGUUCGCACUGGGCCGGCUGGCGGGCGCGCUGAAGUUAACUGGUGACGCGGUGAGCUGGCUGGCCGCGCCGCUCGCGCCUUCCAGUCACCAGCCGCCGCACCAGCAGGACGCCUUCCUGCGCGAGUACAUCCUCGCACAUCAGCAAUGGAUCGAGAGCUGCGAGGAGUUCCGCUUCCGCCUGCCGCCGCUGCCGCUGCCGCUGCUGGCCCGCGGCGCCACGGCCGUGCUGUGCGUGGGCCCCGCGCCGCUGUCCGCGCCCGGCCGCGCGCCCGCCUCCUCCAUCGCGCUGCACGACGCCGCCGCGCCGGCCGGAGAAGAUGAUCGAUACUGGCACAAACUGGAGGAAAUGCUGCUACAGGUAGCACAAGGCAGUGUACCUAUGAUAUUUAAACCAACGGUCGACCUGUAUGUGGAGGGCACUGAUGCUAAUCCUAUAGUGCCUAAAGGAGAGCCAAUCCAAAUAGCAAUCACUCUGAGAAAUCCUCUGAAGAUAUCGUUAAUCCUAAAAGAUGUGGAAUUGCUGUGGCAAUUUAUUUCUAACCCAGAAUACGAUCAGAACAUAGAUCAUGAAGUGCUAAAUAAUGAGCCAGUAGUGGCCGCCGGGAGUACGCUAGAGAGUAAUGUCAUUGUGGGACAGAAAAUCAAGUCUGUUCUUUUUGAAGGAGACUGCGAGAAAGUUUUGACGUUUACUAUAACUCCUUUAUGCGUUGGACAGAUAAAUAUUCAUGGCUUGGCUUACAAAUUGAUUAAUGCUGGCGAAGGAGGCAAUGAAACUGGUAAUGGUACUAUGAUCUCAGGAAAAGUUGACCUUACUAGUCAAAACAGUGUCGACAAACGUCUUCAAAUCAAAGUUAUUCCAGAAGCACCUUGUUUACAGAUGACUUUCACUGAAAUGUCGCCGGAAGCGAUCAGUAACGAGUUGAGGAUCAUAGAUGUGGAGUUAAGAAAUGUGGGUCCGGUAGACAUGAAGAACGUACACAUUGCGGUGUCGCACCCGGACUGCAUCUCGCUGAUAACCGAGGAUGCAGGCGAUAACUUCAAAGCGCUGUACGACGAAAAGUAUCGGGAACUACCGCCGUUCAAUGACGAGCGAGCAGCGCGCGCGGCGGCGUGGCGAGCGGCGAGCGCGCGGCACGUGUCGAGCGCGGCGGGCGUGGUGGCGCGCGCCGCGUGCCGCCGCCUGCGCCUGCUGCUGCGGCCGCGCGCCGCCGCGCCCGCGCUGCGCCUGCUGGCCUACUACGAGACCGGCGCCGCCGCGCGCCCCUACCGCCUGCUGCGACACGUGUUCCGGCUGCAAGUCGCCGAAGCGGUGGAGGUGUCGGUUACGCCCCGCCGAAGCUUAAAAACGUUCGACGGUGAAGUUCUUGAGAAUUUGUUUUUGGCUGUUGAGUUAAAAAAUAUAUGCAACGAAAAAGAGGAUAAUGUCGUUGUAGAAGUGUUGGAAGCGUCACUACUGAGCAGACAAUGGAAGUUGACGGGCCUCACGAAGGUCGCGGAUAAAGUGAACCCGUUGGCUGUUCAUGAAAGACUUCAUCUCAUUUUCAACGGUCGAAGGAUUUUUGAAAUGCUCCCGGAAGAAAAAGUCGAACACACUUGCCUUAAAGUUGGUUCUACCAAUCUUGACUCCAGUUUUGCGUCGUGCUAUAACUUUAUAACAGAUUUCAAGCCUUCCUACCUUGAUACCACAGAUGGCAGUCAAGAACAACAAAGGCAAGGAUUGAUUCAGUCGAUGUUUGUUAUACGAUGGAAAGCUACUAACAAAUCUAAUGGAAAAUCUACUUUUGGCCAGAAUUGCUUGUGGCUAGAAUGUUUUGCAAAAACAGUGUCUCGGAACAAAGAUCCAAUUUCGAUAGAUUUACCAACCUUGCAGCUCGACGAUGGUGAUAACAAAAAGGACACGAAAGAUCCUAAGCAAAAAGUUCGGAAGGAUAAUGUGAUUUUCCGCUUAGAGCACUGUGAUACUAUUCAACAUGAUUUUAAACACAGAAAAUUGUGUUUAGUGCCAAUAACAAUUAAUAUUGUCAAUUGUUAUGGAGUUCCAGUUACAGUAUUCAUAGAUAUGUCUAAACAACAGAGCAGAGAGGCUCUCGGAGAAUUAGGUUGGGCCGGUGCAUUGAGUAACGCUUUAGAUGCCGAUGAAAAAAAGACGGGAGUAAGCGUUAGUCUAGAGAAAUUCGAGUCUAGGCGUGUGCAAGUACGCGCUCUGUGUGCGGCCCCCGGGACCUACCUCGUAGGAUCCGCUUUCUCCAUUACUACUCUAAGAGCCGAUAAUCAGCAGCCUAUCACCCACAUGUCAAAUAAUACGUCUUUAUUAGUUGUCCAGCAAGUAUGUGUUUGAAUCUAUAUUUUCGUUAACUUCAGUUACAAUGUAGUUUUAAAUAAUUCUGA